UCUCUCCUAAAAGUUCGCCGAAGGUUGGCGGGAGAUAUCGUUUGCUUCACUGCCAAUGGCAGCUGAUUCUCGCUGACAGUCGCUCGACAGUCGGCAUGAAGAUCGACACGUUGCUCUAAUCACUUUACACUCAAGAUGUACAUAGUGUGAUGUGACAUCACUUAAAACUAUUUAUAAAAGAAAAAUCCUUCGGAUUGUUUCACAGGCAUGCCAUGGAUGUGUGAUCGAGACGUGUGACAUUAAAGAUUUUUAUUGUCUCUGCUUCUGCUGUUAAUAAUGUUAAAAAAGUGUUGCUCCUGUUCAUGUCUCUCCGGAUUUAGAGCCGUUUACAGACCGCAACAAAUCGGUUUUACACACAAGCCACGACCACCUACUACAACUGAUCUCGGGGAAGAUUUCGGUGUUCCAGUAUUGACGAUUCACGAUGUAGACCCUUGCAUUGAAGAGAAUGGCGAAAUUCAUCGGACAUCCAGAUACGAGCUGAUGACUCGUCAGGGUGACAGAGCGAGACUCGUGGUUCGACGUGGGCAGGAAUUUUAUCUGCAUCUCAGAUUGUCUCGAGACUAUGAUCCUUAUAUCGACGGAAUUUCUAUCGUCUUCACUCUGGACGGUAUUGAGAGGCCGCAAUACGGACAUGGGACUCUGGUGGCAACCGCUCUGCUUAAUCCUGGUGAAAAUUCCGAAGCCGCCUGGCAGACCACCAUAGCCGCCAUUGAACCCAAUUUUUUAAGGAUAAAGGUUGUGCCGUCUGUAAAUGCGAUCAUAGGAAAGUGGAAGAUGGAGAUUGACACGAAGAAUAAACAAUCUGAAGGUGCUGUCAGUUAUACGAUGGACAGUCCGUUUUACUUGAUUUGCAAUCCAUGGUGCGAAGACGAUGUAGUGUACUUGGAGGGCGAAGCUGAGCGACAAGAGUACGUGUUGGCGGAGGACGGUCUGAUCUGGCGCGGCAGUCACAAUCGUUUGCGACCCACCGUAUGGAAAUACGCGCAAUUCGAACGAGACAUCCUGGACUGUGCUCUGCACCUGAUGAAUCAAGUUGGCAAGGUUCGCGUUUCCGGUAGAAGCGAUCCUGUCAUUAUAACACGCUGCCUGUCCGCCGCGGUAAAUUCACCUGACGACAACGGGGCGGUGAUGGGAAAUUGGUCGGACGAUUUUGGAGGCGGCACACCGCCCACGCGGUGGAUGGGCUCGCAGAAAAUUCUUCAGCAAUAUUACAAGACGAAGAAACCGGUGAAGUACGGACAGUGCUGGGUUUUCUCCGGCGUACUAGCGACGGUUUGUCGCACUCUCGGUAUACCUUGCCGAGUGAUAACCAAUUAUUCGAGCGCGCACGACACGCAGAGCAGUCUGACUGUCGAUUAUUUCGUGGAUGUCGAAGGCAGAAUUAUGGAGGAGCUCAACAGCGAUUCUAUAUGGAACUUUCACGUCUGGAACGAAGUGUGGAUGAAACGAUUGGACUUGUCGCCGGAUUGUUCGGGAUGGCAGGUGAUCGAUGCGACUCCUCAGGAAUUGAGCGAGGGCGCGUAUCGUUGCGGACCAGCUUCCGUGGCCGCUGUGAAAAAAGGAGAAGUCCUGCGUCCUUACGAUAAUGCAUUUCUCUUCGCCGAGGUGAACGCCGACAAGGUCUUCUGGCGUUACAACGGCCCUACGCAGCCAUUGAAAUUAGUUCGCAAGGAUAUGUACGGAAUUGGCCAACUGAUCAGCACGAAAGCGAUUGGAAAAUGGACGAGAGAAGAUAUCACGCACACUUACAAGUAUCCAGAAAAAUCUGAUGAAGAACGUGCUGCCAUGCUAAAGGCGCUACGUCAGAGCGAGUCUUUAUUCAGUCGUUAUUAUCUCAACGAGGAGUUCAAUGACGUUACGUUCACUUUUGAAUUGCGCGAUGACAUCAUAAUUGGGCAGCCAUUUAGCGUUGUAUUACUGAUAAAAAACCGAAAUCCGACGGUGGAGUAUCGCGUGUCCGCAAUUUUGAGAGUGGAAACUGUGCUGUACACUGGUCGGGUGGGCGAUCCAGUGAAGAGAUUGAACGUUGACAGACUGGUCCGACCGCUGGUGCUCGAGGAAAUUCGCAUGGACGUUUCAUGGGAGGAAUACGGUCCGAGAUUGUUGGAUCAAUGCGCUUUCAACAUCGCCUGCCUCGCCACCGUGAAGGACACGAAUUUCGAGUACUUCGCGCAAGACGAUUUCCGCGUUAGAAAGCCCGACAUCAAAAUCACGUUGCAUAGUGACGCGAUCGUCGGUCAAAUUCUUAACGCGUCCGCCAAGUUCCGCAAUCCGCUACCAAUUCCCUUGAAGAAGGGCAGAUUUCUCAUCGAAGGGCCUGGCCUCGACGAGCAAUUGAAAUUGAAGCUAUCGGAGCCGGUUGAGGUAGACGAGGACGCGGAAUGCGAAUUCUCUAUGAUACCGAAGCUGGAAGGACGCGCCAGGAUAGCGGCAAAGUUUUACUCGAAAGAACUCGAGGACGUCGACGGACAUUCGAACAAUUUUAUAGUCAAAUUGGCAAGAAUAAUCGGUAAUUCUGAAUAAUUGCAAUAUUUUUAACAAUAUCUUAGGAAAUAGCAAUUUGUCGUGUCGUUUUUGUAUUUUACCAUGAAUAUUUAUCCGCAUUAAUAAUAAUUUUCCAAUGACGGCGACGAAAGGAGUGCAAUUAUUGUAAAGUUAUAAUUAGAAAUGCUUGAUGCCAAAUAGAUCGAAACUACAGUAAAUGCAAUAAUGUGAGAAUCCAAAUUUCAAGAAAAUAAAAUAUAUGAAGAGUAUAACUGAAUAGAACAACCGGAUCAAGUAUUAUUUGUGCCAAAAAUUAAUUUCGAAUCAUUAAGAUACGGUGUAUAUAUUACGUGUGAAACACGAAGUGUUCAUUUAUUUAUGGCGACUUGAAUGCGAAGAGUCAAAUUAUGUAAUUAAAAUUAAUUUUAUUUAUUAUUGCCUUGCCAUAUUUCACGUUAUUUCCGAUGCUAUUCGCGUGUUCAUAGAAUAUAUAUAAAAGCAUAACAUUUGUACACGUUAUUUUGUACGUAAAUCGAAUAAAAUAAUCUGCGACAUGUUUCAUCAUGUUCCUAGCAUAA